AAAAUAACUGCACAACGAUCUACAUCGGUCUUUUUUUUCGAAACGAAGAUAAGAAGAAUGGGAUCAAUUUUAUGGGUACCAGUAGCAUUUCUGAUAUCAGCAAUAUGGCUGUAUGUAUUAUCAAUCAAUCUACCAGAACACACAGGCUCAGAUAGGUCAGCUUUGAAGUUUCCGAGGAAUUUCGAUGAUCUGACAGCACUGGCAUCUUUGUUGAAGGAUUAUAAAUCAGAUAACAUGCAGUAUGUGAUGUUGUUAUUCUGUAGUGCCUAUCUCUUCAAACAGACAUUUGCUAUCCCUGGAUCAUUCUUUAUGAAUGUUUUAGGAGGUGCCCUUUUUGGAACAUGGAGAGCAUUUCCACUAGCGAGCUUACUGACAGCAUGUGGCGCCACCUGCUGUUAUCUUUUGUCACAAUUCUUUGGCAAGUCACACAUCGAAAGAUUCUUUCCUGAGAAAGUACAGUUUAUGCAGAAAAAGGUCACAGACAAUAUGGAUAGUUUGUUUUUCUUCCUGUUGUUUCUAAGGCUAUUCCCGAUGUCACCAAAUUGGUUCUUGAAUAUGGCGUCCCCUAUACUUGAUGUCCCAGUACAUUUGUUCUUCUUAUCAGUUCUUAUAGGUUUGAUGCCUUACAAUUUUAUAUGUGUUCAGACAGGAAGUAUGCUGUCAGAAAUUACCUCCCUUGAUGGCAUCUUCACAAAGGAAACCACAUUGAAAUUAUUUGGUAUUGCCAUGGUUGCAUUACUACCUGGACUUUUGAUAAAUAAAUUGAAGGAAGGAAGAUUGAAGAUCAACUAGUCUUGAUGUAGUGAUUAAAUAGUGCCAAUAACUAAAUUUGAAUAUUCAUAAUAUGAUGAUAGGACAUGAUACAUUUAAAGGGUAAACAGCUAUGCUAAAUUUUUCAAAUGGACUUGUCCAUCUUUUAAAUGUGGUGUUCAACCAUUCAUCAUUUUUAGGGAAGAUGCCAAUAGUUGCAACUGAAUAGUGAACAGAGCAGACCAUGAUCAGACGGCUCCAGUGUGCUGGCUGAUCUUGGUCUGCACUGGUAGCCAGGGUAGGUUCAGUCCUGGUCAGCAGGUUUAUAGUUAAAUACUUUACAAACAUGCAGUAUUACAAAAUAAAUAUGCACAAAAUGUUAUACAUUGUAUCAGAAACAAGAACAUGUUUAUAAAUGAUAUCAGAACAAAAAAAACAUUGAAUAUCCAAUAGUCAUGUGAGGAAGCUAUCCAGCCAGCCAGCCGUUGGUGGUUCUACAUAAAAGAUUUUUUUUUAAAUGAUAUGAAGAUUUUUUCUGAUAUUAUGAACAAAUGUUUAUUUACCAUGUGCAAUAUGCUACUGUAAAAUCAAAUAUUUUCACAGGACCAAAAAUUCACAAAAUCAUAUUUCAGACUAAAUUGGGAGGAGGUUUAAUAUUCAUGAAUUUCUACUAUUUAAUAUUCAUGAAUUUCUCCUUUUUAAUAUUUAUGAAUUUCUGCUGUUUAAUAUUCAUGAAUUUCUACUACAUGUAUUUAAUAUUCAUGAAUUUAUACUGUUUAAUAUUCAUGAAGUUUUUCCUCUUAAUAUUCAUGAAUUUCUAAUGUUUAAUAUUCACGAAUUCCUACUUAUUAAUAUUCACAAAUUUUUACAUUCACUUUUGUUUAAUUUAUGUAUUAAAACAAAUAAGAGAAUAUUUGAUUCCAAAAAUCUUAAUUUAAGAAAAUAGCAAAGUUAAAUCCCUCGUGAAAAUUUUUGAAUUUACAGUACACAUGUUUUCUGUCUCAGGAUGUGUUAUGCUCAAGUUACAGUUUUAUUAUAUUAUAAGUCUAAAUAUAGAACAAAACAUUUCCUUGUACCUUACCUUAGCAUAAUUAUAUAGUAUUUUAUCGUCUUAAUUUAAAUUCUCUGUAUUAGAGUGCCAAAAUUAGUUUUAGUUUACAACACCAGGAAUUUUUAUUAUUACCGUAUCAUUAUACUUCCAAGCAAUGAAGGCAUUCCUUAUGCCAAAACAUGAUUUUCCCCAAUUGGCAUUCUUAACAUUCCCAAUUUAUCAGUCAGUCAGCAUGAAAUCUUUUUGUUGAUUUUCUGUGGAAAAAAGUAUUUUCAUUCAAAAGAGAAUACAUUUGUAAUUUGAAAAUAUUUAUGAAAACAAAGACUAUCAUCAAUAAAUGCCAUCUUUUAAAUAAUUAUUAUGUGUUUUAUUUUUAGCUGUUUCUGUUAGUUACUUUAAAACUACUUAUUUUGACUUUUUACAACAUUUCCCCCAGUGUUGGGAAUCAUUUUCUAAAUGUAAGAAUGAAAGUCUGAACAUACAUUUAAAUAGAUUAAAAACAUCUGUCAUAUGUUGUGGUUUGGACCAGAGGGGACCCACAUAUUCGGACCCGAGACUUGCAGAGGGACGGAUAUUCUGAUAUAAAACGCAAACACAUGUCAGAUAUUUUUUCUUGCAUAUUCUCCCAUAUUUCAUCAUAUUUUAAAUUCUUAUCUUGAUUUUAAGGGAAAUUUAAAUCAUCACUGUUUACAACCGUACUAUUUUCUUACAACAGCAUAUGAAGUUACAACUUUAUUCAUAACAGUAAAAUUAGAUCAUUCUAAGCAUGCCAUUGUACAGUACGCGACUCAUCUGAAACCCUCAUGCCAGAUAAAAUUUCCCGCAUGGGUAAAACUAACGGAAACGCCAGCCUGAUAUGAAAGAAAAUAUAAACUGUUAACUUGAUAUGAAAGAAAAUAUAAACUGUUAACUGUAAAACCAAAUUUAAAGUUGUUAACCACUUGCUAAGGAAACCGAUUUUCUUAAACUGAAACUUAAUAAUAUCUUGAAAAGAAUACAAAGAAAUUUAUAAUUAUUGUACAAACUACUAUACAUGUCUUUUCGUCUUUUGACCUAGGCAAAACUUCUCUACGACAAUUGAUUUUUGGAUAUUGAGUCUAAUUGUUCUUUCCCAAUUUUGAUUGGGAAAGUCAUAAGGGUUAAAUACAUCUGUAGGUCGAAACUUGCAAAGAAAUUGGCAAUUUCUGGUUAGUUAUCCAGAAAGCCAGUUAGGCAGACUGACUGCCAAUAAUUCAAUAUUACAAAAAUUGGUUAAAAUCAGCAUAAAAACAGACAAAUAAACUGAAUUUUACUGUCUUAUUCCUAAUAUUUUUACCAUAUUUAAAGAAUAAGGGCAACUUUUUUGGCAUAUUUUGACUUGCGUGGGGUGAUUUUGUAGGUAACAAGCAUAUAAAGCUGAUCUAAUCACUCUAUUUGUGCACUUGGCAUUAAAUUUACUUUUGAAAUUUACAUUAUCUUUAGGCAAGCUGUUGAAAUAGUUCAAUAAUUUCUUAUCGAUGCAACAUAUUAGCUCUGUAAAUAACAAAUAAGGUAUAUCAACUUAAAUUUGUUUUCUUUUAUGCCUUUACAAGGCACAAGGUUUGUGUUACUGUUUUCUUUUUUUUUUUUUUUUUUUUUUUUUUUUUUUUUUUUUUAAUUUUUCCUCUUUAAUUUUAGUGUAGCUAUGCUUGUCAUAUACUAGGCAAUAGUCUUAAGUCAUUAAAGGUCAUUUUUUUGUCUGUACUUUUUUUAAUCUAUUUAUUUAUGUCUUUUUAAUGCCUAUACAUAAGUAAAGAGUCUGUAUUAAAGGCCCAUUAUGCCCCAGAAAUGCUUUACAUGUAUUUUAUUUUUCAAAACCUUUCUUCUCUUUUCGUUGUUCUUUUACAGUUUACAAAAUGAUAUGUACUCAUCAGCAAAAUAUCUGAACCAUUUUUUUCUUCAGCAGCUUUUUAGCAAUUAAGACAAUUGUAGCUAUUCAGUAUUUUGUAUAGAAGUCAAAAUACUACUACAUUUUGCUACUUUUAUGACAACUAUUUUUACAUUUAGUGGUACUUUCUUCAGAUACCAAACAUCUAACAUGGUUUAAAGCCAGUUAGUAAGUGUUAUAAACUUUAUGCUUAUCCUUUCGAAAAAAGUAAAAAUGUGUUUUGUUUAUGAGCCAUAAUGUGCCUUUAAACAUCCACUAUAUUUGUGUGACAUGAUUGUGUGUUAUCCAGUAUGUUUGUAUUGUAUUGCAUGAUUUUGUGUUGUUUAUAGUUGAUUUUUGACAUAAAAUGCGCUAUUCAUGGUGCAUAUGUGACAUGAUUGGUUUGUGUUCUGCAAGAGGUUUUGAAUUAUUUCAAUAUCUGUUUGGCAUCAAGCUUGUUGUCAGAGUUUUCCACUCGGGUGUCUGUUAUUACAUCUAAGGGCAUCUUCUACCAACAACAUAUGAGCCGCAUCAUGACAAAACCAACAUAAUGGGUUUGAGACCAGCAUGGAUCCAGACCAGCCUGCACAUCCGCGCAGGCUGAUGCUGUUUGCUAUCAGUUUCUCUAUUUGCUAUAGGGGGUGUUAGGGAACAGCAUGGAUCCUGAUCAGACUGCGCAGAUGCGCAGGCUGGUCUGGAUCCAUGCUGGUUGCAAACCCAUUAUGUUGGAUUUGUCGUGACGUGGCUCAUAUGUCACUUACAGUGUUUGCAAUGACCUUAAACCCAGCCCAGCAUUUGACAUUUCUAUACUAGAUUCACAUGUUUAUGUUCCUGCUAUACAUGUAGCUGUUAUCCAUUGUUAAUGUUAUAUUUUGUUCUUAUUAAGAAUAUUCCUGCAUUCCAUAAUUUAUUUUAGUUAAAAAAUAAAGAAAUUUAAAUGUUCA